AUGGCCAUCAACUGGCGACUACGAGAAAGCGUCUUCCGGCUCCUAGCAGCCGUCUACGCUGAGCUGGGCGAGGCUGCAGUAAGUUCUUCAGAGAAGCACGAACUCUGUCCACUCGCAGAACUGAUCAACGCACAGUUCAAAGGCAGGUAUGCAAGCAUCGCAAAAUUCUUCGGCGACGACGCGACCUACGACGCUGUCAAGUCGUUCUUCGCGAAGGAAAUAGCAAAAGCUGCAGAUGACCUUGGUCGACAAAAUCCUGGCGCUCAACGCACACAAAGACCUGUCGCGCAGAAGUCGUCGUCUUCUAGGCAAUCCCGACGCACCAUGCAUCUGGACUUUAAUGACCAGGACAUCAGCUUCGUCAGUGAACGAGAGGUCGAGGCGCACUCCAGGCAUGCGUUGCAGAGACCUCCCAAGCGACCCAGGCUCUACGAAUCACCUUUACCGGUUGAGCAUGAAGAGAGCAGUCUUCCCGAAUCGCAAGUGUUGCCACAGCUCUCGCCAGACGGACUUCCCAACGGCGCAAAUCAUGGCUUUCGCGCCGUAAAUGGACAGCCACCAUCUCCGCUCCUUCAAAUGAAUGGCCACGCCACCAGGGAAGCGCGAGAUCCAUCCAUACAGCAUGAGUUCCCCAUUCCACCAGGACCGCGCGAACUCACAUCUGACUCGACUGAUCCAAGCUACAUACCAUCACCGAGCCCGCCAUUGCAAAAACCAACUCGAAGCAAGGCAGCACCUAGAAAGCGACCAUACAAGGAAGUCCCCGAGUACGACCUUGAGUACCAGACAGUGUCCUCGUCGUCACAGACCGGCUCUCGACACACACAAGAGCCAGGAUCGUUCGGCUAUGUAUCCAACGCCGGCUUCUUCAGAUGCGCACUCUGCUUCAGUCAGCUGUCGAGUCAAGACGCGCUGGACAAACACGAAGCACUCAGCAAACUCCACCUGCGAAAUCUGCAGAACCCAGAGAUUGUGUCCAAAGGCAGAGCUAAGCUCGCCCAGGUCAUUGCCCUGCCCUACCAAUCUUCAGCCUCCCCAGGUGCCUUUCGACCAUUGAGAGUUGGCGGAUUUGGUGAACGAGGCGAACCAAGCACCAACGGACAUUUUGCAGAUAGUGUUCCAACUCGGUCAGAUGUGACCAAGAAUCUGUAUCAGCCACAACGACGUCAGGAAAACAUGGCCAAUUCGUCCAGAGCCAUCGACACGAUUGAGGUGCAUCCUAGAACAGCAAGCGCACCACCGUCACACAUCAGUUUGUCCACCAGCCACUAUACCGCUUCGCGGGCGCCAGAUAUGGAGCCCGUAGAGGAAACGAGCAUUGGCAAAGGAAAACAGCGUGCAUCUCCCUACCCAGCGGCUGCGAUUCAGACGUACCAAACAGCACCCACCAGACCGACAUCGCAAGCCCCAGGCCCGGCGCCAAUCAAUGAGGAACCAUUCAAAAGACCCAAUGGAAUGAACGACCCACCGAACGAGACCGAUACCAACGCGGGCAGAGCAGAACCCACGAAACCUCGCAACACGAAACCGCCAUCUCGACUUCGACCCCUCGAAGUGGCGGAAAUCCUUCGCCUGACGGGCAUCCGGCUUGCGGAAAAAUACAUCUCGGAGCAUCCGGACUUGAUCGCGCAGACCAUGGGCAGGGUCCAGCGCGAGUUCACUGCCGCGUCGGCUUCUGCAACGGCGAGUGUAGGCCCGUCGUCCGUAGAGAUGCAGCCGCCUGCGAGGGUCAGGCAGAAGGACGUGGAGAUGGCAGGGUCGCGUGUCAGGAAUGGAGGCAGGGAUGUUGAUGUUGAUGUCGUUGUCCUUGAUUGA